AUGUUGGAUCACUUCUGCCAUGAACCGGAAGACAGGAAGCUGCUAUUGCAGCACAGCUUGGCUGAGCUGCAGGCAGCGCGAUCUGAUCUGGAAGUACUGCAGACGACCGCAGACCGCACAGCUCAGGAGCUGCGGUCCUUCAGGGGCCAACUGCAAGAGUUGCAGGAGUUGCACAAGCGCUAUGAGCAGUCGCAACUUGCAUGUGCUGCGAUUGAAGAACUCCCGGCAGAGGAAUGCUCAGAAGCGAUGGAUGUAGAGGCAAGGGAGGCAGCUCAGACUGCCGGACAAGCAUGUGAAGUUGAAGCUCGAAGAGACCUGGCUGAGACCCGUGAGCACGAGGCAUCUGAGCUUGUGGUGGCAGAUGUGACGGAACCUUUCCCUGACUGGACCGCCUUGAGCAAGAGCCUUUGUGCUGUAUGCCUUGAACCGAAUGCAGACAGGGUGGCUGUACCCUGCGGACAUCAGUGCGUUUGCGAAGGGUGUUUGGUGAACUUGUCUGCCUGCCCUGUGUGCCGACAUUCAGUGGAUCGCUUCCUGAAGGUCUUUGUAGCCUACCCCGUGCAGUUUGAGAAAGAGUGCGUGGAACUGCAGAGCCAGAUGCAGGCUGAAAGUCGCCUCCGUGAUGAGCUUUCUGAGAGCCUGGCCCAUGAGGAGGCUCGGAACCAGGAGCUCCUCAAGCUUGCCACGGAGUCAGCAGUUGCCAAGAUGGGAAAGUCCUUGGCCUGCACCACCACACUCAGGCCUCAGGACUUCCAGCAGGUGGCAAAGGCCACCCGCCGCAACCGGGAGCUGGACAAGCUGCUGUGGCCGCAAACCACGCGAACUGCCAGAUGUCAAGGGGAGAUCUUGAGCAACCAGACGAUGGUCGACUUCCAGCGCCAUUUGGCGACCUUACCCAGGCCGGUGUUGCGCCGAUGA